AUGCUGUGGGGAACCAUGGCGUUCGCCAAGACCAUCACGACCGUCAAGGACAUCGGGAUGCUGGUCGUCGACGUGAUAUUCAAAGGCGAAGGCGCCAUGUGCACUCUAUGCGACAAGGUCAUGACGAUGAUGCUGUCCGGCGAAGCAGAAGGAGGGCUGUCAGACAUUGACUGCCGGGCGAUGUGCUUUGGCCUCAAGAGGUGUAUCACCAUUUGCGACAAGCUCGUCAAAAUCGACGAGUUCGGUGAAGUUCCUAAGUGCAAGUAUCACUUUCCUGCUUCAUGCGAGGCGACCAUCCAACAUGUGCACCUACAAAUUUCCAGGCUGUCAGUUGUCGGACGGUUACAAGAAAUGGCGAAAGGUAUGAACAAGAUGAUGUCGGAGAACGUGGGAGCCCUCGCGAACGCACUCGGCAAAGCUCCCAAGUGUGGAGAACCAGGAGGAGACGACGAUAGGCAGUGGCUGUCGUUCUGGAUCAUCUUCCUCAUUCUGAAUGUGAUUGAGAACAUGACGGACGUUCUUCUCUCUUGGAUCCCUUCCUACUAUGAGGCCAAGUUCGUGCUGCUGGCAUGGCUCAUCUUCUUCGAGGGAGCCGACAUUCUCUACCGCAGGGUUCACAGCCUGUUCGAAGUGAUCCACGCGCUGCUGGUCAGGCUGCACGUUAUCCCGGAAGUCGUCUACGAGGAGUGGAACGAGGAAGAGUACCUCGAGACGCUGCCGCUGGGACUGGCUGAGACCAUCAAAGAGUGCGGAGGGCCUGGUUGCGUCUUCCGCAAGUUUACGAGCAGGAGUGACAUGGAGGACAUGCUGCGAGACCGUCGCACUAAGCAGCUGCUGCGCGCCUUUGAAGAUGUCAACCCAAGGUACGUUGAAGUUCACCUGGUGAAGGCGGAGGGGCUCGCGGCCAUGGACGCCAACGGCUUGAGCGACCCCUACUGCCUCCUCAGCCUCGUUCCUACCGCUCGCGAGGAGGAGGAGAUCGAGGACGCGUCGUCUCACGCCCUCACGAGAUUCGCGAGGCUGAAGCUGCUCGUACAAUCUGGACUUUCAGCGGUCAUCUCUCGCCUCAAGGCAUGA